AUGUCCUCAAAAUCAGCCCUCAAGCGCGUGAGCGCACUUGCUCUUGUUGGUGCAGGCUCUCUUGCUAGAGCCGGGCCUUGCGAUAUUUAUGCUUCUGGCGGCACACCUUGCGUUGCUGCGCACAGUACCACUCGUGCGCUGUAUGAUGACUAUACUGGCGCGCUCUACCAGGUGUUGCGUGGCUCUGACAGCAGCACGACUGAUAUCUCGCCUCUAUCCAGCGGCGUUGCUGAUGCCGAUUCUCAAGAUAGCUUCUGCAAGGGCACAACUUGUCUCAUAAGUAUUAUCUACGACCAGUCGGGCAGUGGUAAUCACCUCACGCAGGCACCGCCUGGAGGCGCUGCCAGUGGCCCAGAGGCCAAUGGCUACGACUAUUUAGCCAGCGCAAUUGGUGCUCCGGUGACCUUGAACGGCCAAAAAGCGUACGGUGUUUUCAGUUCACCUUUCACCGGUUACCGCAACAAUGAUGUCAAUGGCACAGCCACGGGAGACGAUCCGGAAGGCAUGUACGCAGUUUUCGACGGAACUCACUAUAAUACCGGCUGUUGCUUUGAUUAUGGCAAUGCUGAGACCAACAGUCGCGAUACCGGCAACGGUCAUAUGGAGGCUAUUUACUUUGGCACCGGCGAUGGUUCUGGCCAUGGUACGGGUUCCGGAAAUGGCCCCUGGAUCAUGGCGGAUCUAGAAAAUGGUCUUUUCUCUGGUUACGAUCAUAUCAACAACGAUGCUGACCCGACAAUCACCUCUCGCUUUGUUACUGCAAUUGUCAAGGGAGAACCCAACCAGUGGGCAAUCCGUGGUGGUGAUGCUACAACUGGAGACUUGUCGACCUAUUACAGUGGAGUACGCCCGGACGGUGGUUACAGUCCUAUGAUCAAAGAAGGAGCUAUUAUUCUUGGUAUCGGCGGUGACAACAGUGACAGUGCUCAGGGGACCUUCUACGAGGGUGUUAUGACCACUGGCUAUCCCUCUGAUGACACCGAAAGCAAAGUUCAGGCUAACAUCGUUGCUGCCGGAUAUGCCACUACGUCUCUUACCAGUGGCCCAGAACUCACCGUCGGCGAUACUAUUACACUACGAGUCACCACUUCCUGCUGCUCGACAAGAUAUAUCGCCCACACCGAUGAUGUUGUGAACACCCAGGUUGUUACAUCAUCCAGUGACGAUACUCUGCAAAAGCAGGCUAGCUGGACCGUUCAAACUGGGCUUGGUAACGACGCUUGCUUUUCGUUUGAAUCUGUCGACACCCCUGGCAGCUUUAUUCGCCAUUCUAAUUACGAGCUUCAUGUCAACGCCAACGACAACAGUAAGGGUUUCUCCGAGGAUGCUACCUUCUGCCCUCAGUCUGGCCUGAACGGCCAGGGUAACUCCUUCCGGUCUUGGAGCUACCCUACUCGCUACUGGCGUCAUUUCAAUGCCAUAGGUUACAUUGCAAGCAACAGCGGCCCUCACUCUUUUGACGCUGCCGCCUCGUUUAACGACGAUGUGAGCUUCGUCGUCGGCUCCGGAUUUGAUUCGUGA